UUCGUGAGCUAUCCCAUGAUUCACUCGGAGUGGGCGUAGGCACGAGCAUCAGCAGCAUCACUAAGUUUCAGCUCCUCCCUGCUGCAUGCUGAGAGUGGGAGACCAUAGGAUCAGGGUCAGAUAGAUUACAGACUGAGUGACGGUGGCACUGAGAGUAAAUGAGAGGACGAUUGUGUGCUUGAGGGUGUGAGAAAGAAAUCCGGCAGGUUACAGAAGAAUAGUUGCAAUUGUGUCUGGGUGUGCAAGAGAGACAGAGAGUAAGAGAGAGGGUGGUAUAUCCUGACAGGAGGGGAGUGCACAUAAGGUAAGGAGAAGAGAGACAAGACAGAAGAACAGAAAAGGAAGGAAUAUGGCCGAGCCGGAGCUGAAGUCCAGAAGCAGCCGGGAGAGUGUUGCUAAAGCAGGGAGCCAGGAGAAGAUGGGGACAACUGAAGCAGUCCCCAUCCAGGAUGGUCUCAUUGAGGAGCAACCUGCAUCCCCAUCCACCCCUAUGGUCUCUGACCCAACUGCCACUGAUCCAACAAACAGUCCACCGAGCAAGGGGGAAAAGAUCAAGCUCAAGCGUAGCAUCACCCUCUUCAACGGUGUGGGGAUGAUCAUUGGCACCAUCAUCGGUUCGGGCAUCUUUGUGACUCCUACAGGUGUGAUCAAAGAGACGGGCUCUGCUGGCCUCUCGUUGAUCAUUUGGUCUGCCUGUGGGGUUGUUUCCACCAUGGGAGCCUUGUGCUAUGCUGAGCUGGGCACAACCAUCGCAAAGUCCGGAGGAGACUACACAUACAUCCUGGAGGUAUAUGGGGAACUUGCAGCCUUUCUGAAACUGUGGGUGGAGAUGCUAAUCAUCCGGCCAUCAUCCCAAUAUGUGGUCUCGCUGGUGUUUGCCACCUAUCUUCUUAAGCCCCUGUAUCCAACAUGCCCUGUGCCAGACAGUGCAGCCAAGCUCAUCGCCUGCAUAUGUCUUACUUCCCUGACAUUUGUGAACUGUAUCAGUGUGAGAGCAGCGACCAAAGUCCAGGACUUGUUCACAGCAUCCAAAUUACUGGCUCUCAUCAUCAUCAUCCUCUUUGGCUUCAUCCAAAUUUCCACGGGUGAUGUGCCAUAUCUGAAACCAGAAAAGGCAUUUGAAGGCAGUAAAAUGGGAGUGGACAACAUUGUAUUGGCGCUGUACAGCGGCCUCUUUGCUUUUGGUGGAUGGAAUUACCUGAACUACGUUACAGAGGAGAUGAUCAAUCCAGAGAGAAAUCUGCCUUUGGCCAUCAUCAUAUCAAUGCCUAUAGUCACAGUGGUGUACGUGCUGACCAACUUGGCUUACUUCACCACCAUCUCUCCUCAAGUCAUGGUUGAGUCUGAGGCUGUUGCUGUGAGUUUCGGGGAGUACCAUCUCGGUGUGAUGGCCUGGUUGAUUCCUGUCUUUGUGGGGCUUUCCUGCUUCGGAGCCGUCAAUGGAUCUCUUUUUACUUCAGCACGGCUGUUCUAUGCUGGAGCCAGAGAGGGUCAGCUCCCUGCUGCUCUGGGACUGGUUCACACAGACUUGUUUACACCUGUACCAUCACUGAUCUUUACAUGCCUCCUGUCCAUGAUGUACGCCAUUUCCCAGGAUAUCUUCUCAGUCAUCAACCUCUUCAGCUUCUUCACCUGGCUGUGUGUUGGCAUGGCAAUUGCUGGUUUGGUGUGGCUGCGCAUCACCAAGCCGGACCUCCGAAGACCUAUUAAGGUGUAUCUUUUUAUCCCUGUGACCUUCGUGUUGGGCUGUGUCUUCAUGAUAAUCGUGUCCUUCUGGGCUGCUCCUUUUGAAAGCCUGGUUGGCAGCAGCAUUAUUCUCACAGGCAUUCCUGCAUAUUUGCUCGGCUACAAGUGGAAGAAACCCCAUAUGCUCAAGAAAAUGCUGGAAAUCUUCACAAUGUUCUGUCAGAAGAUCUUCAUGUCUGUUCCUGAGGAGAAGGAAAAACAAGAGGUGGCUGAGUAACACCUGGAAAACUUAGUUUGAGUCUUCAAAUGUUUACAUUCAUUCUUUAAAUUCAUUUUGAGCACAUUUUUUUUUCAUACUAGCUAAAGUAAAAGUGUAAAAAAAUUACAAGAUGCAAAGGUGGCCUUAUGGAACGCCCUUGUUAGAGAUAGAGGCAUUUUUUGUGACUUCUUUAUGCUGUUUUAAUUGUCCGAAGGUCAAAAUUCUGUCUUAAUUUAGUUUUAUCUUUGUUUAUGCUGCUUUUACUUUGAUAGUUUUGUCCCGCUUAAUGCUGGAACACGCUUUUUUCCAUUAAAUGUGAAAAAUCACAAUGAACACAUGAUUGUUUAGACACUUCAAAUACAGUAUUAUUAUGCUGUAAAUCUACUGCCCUGCUGGUUCAUUUUGUAUUGAUGGACAUAGAAAAGAGGAACAAAUGACAGGUUAGACUUCUUACUUUGAGUAUCACUAACAAUCACAUAGUAUUUAAUAGUUUACACUUCUUUAAAUUGUGUGGCAAAACUGAGGGUUUAGCAUUAUCUAUUUCUGUAUGUGAAAUAUGCUGCUAGCCUACAGUGGCUCUCAAAAGUGUACUAGGGCUGCGUGGUAAUAGAAAGACAGACUUCUUCAAUUUCAUAGUUGAAUUUUGUGAUGAAGUUAUUGAUUGGGGCAUCUACAUUUUCUCAGUUUUCUUUUUUUCUAUCUAAACCAAGUUUCCACCUCUCCCCCUAAACUCCUAUCUUAGUCCGUACUUCAGAUAAGUGCAUAAAGGCAGGGAAAUUCAAUCAUGGUGUCCAGUUACCUUAUUGGUUUACAGAUCUAUGCAUCCAGAGAUGUUCUAGUCUACCCAUUUUAGCAUCAAACCGUUACUUUGCAAUUGCAAUAUUACAUACACUGACAACUGGAUAAAACGGAAACUCUUUUUUAUUUUUUAUAUAAAACAAGACCCCAAUGUACCAUUUUCACACUUUUAGUAACUUUAAUGUGAUUUUCAUCCUGUACACUUGAAUUAAAAAGGAAACAAAUAUGCUACGGCAAAAAAUGAAAAGAGCAGCAAUAUAUAGUGUGAUAAGUGUGAAAACCCCUAAUAUUUUUUGACCAGGAAUUCUGUAUCAGUUUUUGUAGUAGUUUAUUUUCAGCCUUUUAUUAUCAUUCCUUGGUAUGGGCACCUCAGCAUCAAACAUUUUGACUAUGUUUUUUCUUCACAGCGCAGAAUUUCUCCAAACCUCUCUAAUUAUGAGAUCAUUCCUCGCCCACAGCCUUGUAAAACAUUACUUUUCUUCCAGCAAAACAGAUAUGUUAAUUAUUUUCCUCUUUGUCCUUAGUUUUCUAACUGAGAACAGAAGAAUGUAAGAAAAAAAGGCCCCAUAAUUUCAUUAACCUACUUAAAAAUUUCUUUUCCAUCCAAGAAAAGAAAACCCAGAUCCUGAUACUUACACCACCGUGUUUGUGUGUAGUUUCUUAGACAAAAAUAACACUCAGCAGUGUGGCCUAAACCGACAAUCUGAUUCCUUCUGAGAUUAAAGGAAUAUACAAAGAAAAUGGAAACUUUUACCAAUGAUUUUAUUUAUGGGGAAAAAGGGGUUCUGCCUUACUACCCUAUUCCUUAGUCUAUGGGGAGUACAGUUGAUCACUUCAAUGUUAUUCUUGGCCUUUUUCAAACUUAACAAGACGGUGCCUUUAUAUAUUGAUGCGAUAAUUUCUAACCUCUCUCCAAUCUAAGGAUUAAUAUGAGGGAUGUAAAUGAGAACAUGUCUUUAAAAAAAAGCCAAAAUUGGGCAGCUGUGAGCUCAAUAAAGGAAGCUGAGUAAAAAAGACGACAAAGUUUUAGUUCUCACACUUAUGAAAACUGAUUAUUGCUGCUCCUUUUCUUAUGUUGGUUUUUAAUUAACACUGGAGGAUAUUUUACAUCAAAUAUAACAACAAGGUUUAAAAUUAUAUUUUAAAUGUCAAAACCUUUCAGAGCCACUGUAUAAUGUCACUGUUUAUAGAAGACUACUAUACUAACAUUUCUAUCUGAAACAUCCAUUUAAGCAUUAUUUUCUACAAUAAAUCAGCACUUAUUUUAAAGCACAAUCUGUAGAACAUAAAACAUUUGAAAUUUCUUCUGUAGGAGUGUUACUAUCAGGCUAGCCAGUUUUUUUUGUUUUUUGUUUGUGUGAUUUCAUUCCAAUGUAAAACAGAGUUAGCUCUGUGCAUAAAUCAUAGAAAGACAAUGGAAAGUAGAUUUUCUGUUUGUAAAGCUCUGGUAGCAGAAACAAAGGAGAUGUACAGGUAUAACUGUAGUGGUUGUAUUAGUGUUCGUAUUAAAGGUUUCUGUCGUCCUUGUUAAUGCUGAUAUUCCAUACUUUUGUGACACUCGGAGACCAAAUUGAAUGUUUAAUAAAGUUCAUAGUUUCAGCUCUGACAAACCCCAAAGAAAACCUUCCUGGGUGCUGGAAGCUUUAAAAGCCCUUCCAGCUUUAAAAGCUUUUACUAAAUCUGGUCUAUUAUCAUCUCAUCUAUCCUUUUUUGUCGGGAUAUUAAUUUGAAUAUCUUAUUUCAAAGAUGAAUAAAAUUAACAAAGGCACUUUAUGUAAUUAUUUAGACUUAACUUUCAAUAAAUAAACUCAUCCAAAGUUAUGAGUAAACCAAUAAAUAGCACAAAGGUCAAAGAAAUAAAUAUGGACACCUCCACUGACUGACCUCAAAUAAGAAUGAAUCCUUUCUGCAAGCCCAUUUCUCUAUAUGUAUAAGACAAUUUAUAUACAUAUAUAUAUAUGUUGUAAUCACAUUUGCCAGGUAAAAUGUUAUGAAAAAUAGAAAAAUUGUAUUUUUAAUCUUCAAUAUGAGAUUAAUUAUCUGUUGUAUCUCAGUAACUAUAGCAGGUACCUGUCAAAAUAAAAGUAUUUUCUUCAAAGUU